AUGUCUGGCCCAGGCAGAAAGCGUGCCGUGUCGCCGUCGAGACAGAAACGCAGCGACGUCUUCUGUAUCUGGUGUAAGGAGCACCAUUCACGAUACCGCGAGAAGAAGUGUCGCGAAGCUGCUUCCGAAGCCACAUCACAAGUUCCUCGUUUGAGUGUACGUUCUACCGAGGCUGUAAAGCGCAUCGGACGAUCUUUAGAUGGUGCACCUCGGGCUGUGUCGGCCGCACAAGUCUCUGCCGAACCUGUAUCAAGUCGUACUCCGAUCUCGUCACAGGACAAGGCAGCGCAACCUUUCACCAGCGAAACGGAAUCACACAGUGCGAACACAGAUAGCAGCGCAGAAUCUUCAACACACGAUCUGAUGGCACCUGAUCUCACGGACGGUUUGGACGGUUUGAGACCCGCACAUGAACGUCCGGCGCUUAUGCGUAUUCCUGAGGACUGGCAACCCGUGUAUGAAGAGGAGGAACUCGAGGAUGUGACUGUCGAUGGCGAGGUUGACUUGGAUUCGGAACAUGGAGACGAUGACAUGACACAGGAGCAGUACAUUGAGUUAGAUGAGAAGGAGGAGCUUUACGACGAAGGAAUUGAUCCCUUCCUUGAACUCGAGGACCUCUGCUACGCGUGGGUUCUCAAAGAGUGUCAGUUUGAAGAAAGCGACCUGGACGAUGCAGCACGCGACAUUCUUCGUCACUACGCCUUCAAAGUCAAACAUCAUCUUACCGACCGCGCUUGGAAGGACUUGCCCACGACGUUUCGCAAGGAGGACAUCGCCUCAAUCAAGACUGCACGUGCCAAAAUCGCUGAACUGUCCCACUUCCGGCCUGUCUUGUAUGAUUGUUGUGUCGAUUCCUGUGCUGCGUUCACAGGACCGCACGCAGCACUUGAACACUGCCCGGUGUGUAAGAAGGAUCGUUACGCUGGCGCCGGCCCGAAUCGUCGCCCCCGCAAACGUUUUCGCUAUCUCCCGAUCAUUCCCCGCCUGGAAGCGCUGGCAGGCAGUCGUUCUGCGGCCGAGAAGCGUACUUACCGAGCGCAUGGUCACAAGCCAGAAGAUGAUAAGAUCAAGGACUACAUGGACAGCGAGCACUACCAACAUCUUCAGCGCACCAAUGUCAUCAUCGACGGCAAAGUUCUUCCUCAUCGCUACUUCCAGAAUCCUCGUGAUACCGCCUUGGGGAUCUCUACAGAUGGCUUUGCGCCUUUCCGCAAGCGAACAUCGACCUGCUGGCCGCUUAUCGCUUUCGAUCUCAACCUCCCACCUGAGGUUCGUUCUCAUAUCGAGCAUAUCAUCUCUCUCGGCGUCGUUCCAGGGCCUAAGAAGCCGAAAGACAUGGACUCGUUUCUCUGGCCGUUCGUCGAGGAGAUGCUUCAGCUUGCAGUGGGCGUACGCGCCUACGAUGUGCUGUCCGGCGAGGUCUUCGCUAUGCGCGCAUAUCUCAUUCUGAUCUUCGGCGACAUCCCGGCCAUGUCACUCAUCAUGCGCAUGAAGGGCGCGAAUGGCUUCUCCCCCUGCAGGAUGUGUAGCAUUACUGGUGUGCACGACCCGUCGAACACGGCGAACACGGCCUUCUACUUCCCACUCGACCGCUCAAAUCACCCCGCUGUUCUUGCCGAUCCCACGGCUCCUCGCACAUUCGAUCCUGCUGCACUUCCUCUACGUACCCAUGAGCAAAUGAUUGCUCAGGGACGCGAGGUACAAGCCGCUGAUGCUGCAGGGUCGACUGGUCUUCGUGACGAGCUUGCGCGCAAGUACGGGGUCAAGGGCGUGCCUCUCCUUGCGUGUCUUCCCUCGGUUGAUCUCGCAAAGUGCUGCCCAUACGACUUCAUGCACUUGAUCUGGGAGAAUCUAGUCAAAAACCUCGUCCUGCACUGGACAGCUGCAUUUAAGGGCCUCGGACAAGGCACGGGUUCAUAUCACAUCAAGAAGGACGUCUGGGAUGCAAUCGGUGCCGCCGCCGCCGCCUCCGGCUCGACGAUACCCGGUUGCUUCGGAGCGCGCCCGCCAAACUUCGCGGCUGAGAAGAUGUCAUCGACGGCAGAUACGUGGUCGUUUUGGACACUGUAUCUCGCCCCGAUCCAGCUAGACCGUCAGUUCAAGGAGAAGAAGUACUACGACCACUUCGUACAGCUCGUGCGACUUCUGCAUUUGUGCUUGCAGUUCGAAAUCAAGCGCAGUGAGGUUGAGGAGAUCCGUCAAGGCUUCAUCGAGUGGGUUAAGAAGUAUGAAGAGUUUUACUACCAGCACAACCCUGAUCGUGUGUCCGCCUGCCCGCUCACGGUGCAUGCUCUGCUGCACAUCGCCGACAUGAUCUUGAUUGCAGGCCCUGUCUGGGUGUACUGGGCAUUCGCGAUGGAACGUUAUUGCGGGAUCAUACGACCAGCCAUCCGGAGCAAGAAGCACCCAUAUGCCUCCCUCGACCGUGGAGUCCUCGAGACGGCGCAACUCUGCCAGAUCGGGCUCCUAUACAAUGCACAGGAAAGCCUUCAGGUCCUGGACAGGCGUCUGGUGAGGUCAGAUCGCAAGGGGUCUUUGCGAGUCGGGAACUAUAACUACACCUUACUUCCGCCGUCACCCACCACUCGACCCGAAGCUUCACUCGUAAACAAGAUAUUGAAGGCGCUUGGAACACGCUAUCAACUCUCGAAGAAACCGCAGGCCCUCAAGAAGCUCGUUGCGACUUCCCACAUCACUCAGUACUCAAGUGUUCGCAUCGACGAUGGGGACCUCAUAUAUGCAUACUCAAUGCUGACCGAGACACAGCGUGCAGAGCGACGGGAUGCGACCUACAUCAGGUACGAGCUCCUCGUCGACCAACGUCCGCGAGAUAGGAACGAGGCAAACGCGGUUUACGAACGGGAGACGUACUUCGGUCGUCUUCAGCAUCUAUUCUGUGUUAGGGUACCAGCAGACCCUGCCGCUGGGGUUCUCGAAGCGGAAACUAUUCUCCUUGCAGGCGUGACACCGUGCAAGAUCACGAACAAGCACGACGUGCUCGAUAUUCACGUCUACAAAGAUGAGUCACCGACGGAGGAGGUGGUCGAUCUUGACUGUAUAAUGUGCUUGGUUGGUCGCGUGCGAUACUUGAAGAGGUACUGGGCGAUCAUCGAUCGCAGCGGCUCCCUUGCCCGUGCGGUUUACGAGCCUGAGGAUUGA